AAUUAUAUGAAGCCCACCCCAUUUGUCUUCAUGCUAAUCCAUAUUUAUAAGCUCUUGUUAUUUUGCACUUCAUUCUCUCCUCUCCACUGGUUCCUCUGCAUGCACUCCGUUGCAUUAUUGCAUAGCCUUGGAACCCAAAGAUUUUCUGAAGGGGAGCAUUAAAGGACAUCGAAAAUGGAGAUUACCAAUGUCAGCGAGUAUGAAGACAUCGCAAAGCAAAAAUUGCCCAAGAUGGUGUAUGACUACUAUGCGUCAGGAGCAGAGGACCAAUGGUCUCUGGCAGAAAACAGAAAUGCAUUCUCGAGAAUUCUGUUUCGACCCCGUAUUCUUAUUGAUGUAAGCAAGAUAGACAUGGCUACUACUGUUCUUGGCUUCAAAAUAUCAAUGCCAAUAAUGAUUGCCCCAACAGCCAUGCAGAAAAUGGCUCAUCCUGAAGGAGAGUAUGCAACAGCAAGAGCUGCAUCAGCAGCUGGAACAAUUAUGACUUUAUCCUCAUGGGCAACUUCUAGUGUUGAGGAGGUUGCUUCAACUGGACCUGGCAUUCGCUUCUUCCAGCUCUACGUCUAUAAGGACAGACAUGUAGUUGCUCAACUUGUGAGAAGAGCUGAAAGGGCUGGGUUCAAGGCUAUUGCCCUUACAGUUGAUACCCCAAGGCUUGGUCGCAGAGAAGCUGACAUCAAGAACAGGUUUACUUUACCACCAUUUUUAACAUUGAAAAACUUUGAAGGUUUGGACCUUGGCAAGAUGGACAAAGCUAAUGACUCUGGACUUGCUUCAUAUGUUGCUGGUCAAAUAGAUCGCUCUCUGAGCUGGAAGGAUGUGAAAUGGCUUCAGACAAUUACCCAACUGCCAAUUCUGGUUAAGGGUGUACUCACUGCUGAGGAUGCAAGGCUGGCGGUACAAGCUGGAGCUGCUGGGAUUAUCGUAUCCAAUCAUGGAGCACGCCAACUUGAUUAUGUUCCUGCUACGAUCAUGGCCCUAGAAGAGGUUGUUAAAGCCGCCCAAGGACGGGUGCCUGUGUUCUUGGAUGGUGGUGUACGUCGUGGAACAGAUGUUUUCAAAGCAUUGGCACUGGGAGCAUCUGGCAUAUUUAUUGGACGGCCAGUGGUGUUCUCAUUGGCUGCUGAAGGAGAGGCUGGUGUGAGAAAAGUACUCCAGAUGCUGCGCGAGGAGUUUGAGCUAACUAUGGCUUUAAGCGGUUGCCGUUCGCUCAAAGAAAUCACCCGUCAUCACAUUGUGACUGAUUGGGACCUUCCUCAGCCGCCACACCCAUUUCCCAGGUUAUAGAAGCAUGCCUCAGAACAUCAUUAAGUGCAUGCAUAUAUGACACAAUGUUGUUAAAUUGGUUGUGACUCCAUGCAUGCCUUCGGAGAACUCAUUAUAGUGUUGAUGAGUCUGCUAAAACUUUGGAAGGUCUUAGCUUUCUGUGAUGAUGAUUAAUAUUGCUACUGCUGCCUUUCACUGUAUAUUCACUCUAUAUAUACACACAAGUCUACAUAGUUUUUGCCA